GGGCGCCGGUGAAGGUCCCGAGCUCUCUUGUCUCCUGCUAAGCUGAAUUGUGCAGCCUUCACAACUUUCCAACCGCCCAAAGCCAGCCUCUCCCCACCUCAACACUCCACCGACUGCUGGAUUAUUCAAGAGCAACUUGUGAACAGGUUGCUAACGGGAGAGAGAGGGUUCGUUUUGCACGCCAUCUGGCCUCUGGGCAAAAGAGAGAAAACAUUCCAGGGCCCUCAGGGGGACAGAGGCCCCGAGAGGACGAGAUCGGAUGGAAGCACAAGAGCCCUGAGGAGGCUAGGACCCAGGUGCCCCUAGGCCUACGUCACCGUUCCGCCUCUGCGUCGGCACCUGAGCCAGAGCCCCGAUUCCAAACAAGCCUCGUGUCCCCCUAAGUGUCUCAGAAGAUCCUCCAGCCCUGCGAGUGUGUUCGGCAGGGAAACUGAGGCAGGGCGUGCGUGCGGAUUCAUUCCUUCCCGCCCACAUCGCAAGACAAGCAAAGCUGUUUUUCCCCGCUCCUUAGGACCACACGAGACCACAGGGAAGGUCGGGAAGAUGGGGAGGGGGUCGAAAGCGAUCAAGGGUCUGGGGAACCAGCCAACAUUGCCACACUCAAGAUGGCGGCGCGGCCGUGGCGAGGUCCCUCAGAGGCGGUACCAACGCAUGCGCAGCGCGGAGUCCCGGCCCGGGACACAAGAUGGCGGCAGCGGCGCUGGGGAGGGCGAGGCGGAGGCGGCAAAACGGGCGGUCGAGCAGAACGUGUGGCCGCAUCCCCUCGAGUCCGUUUCGGGCAGCUGCUGAUGCACGGAGUCCCCUGGGUCCCUGUCAACUACACUGCUGACCAGCCCACCCACCUGUGCUGCACCUUCCUGUGGGUCUCCCUCCCGCUUCUGUGGGACCCCGUGACGUGGGUUCAAUCCAACCAGAGAAGAAAACUCUCUCAUGCUAGUGUUGCAGACCCCAGAGGGUCCCGAGUGGCUGCUGAGAUGGCCAAUGAGAAUCACGGCAGCCCCCGGGAGGAAGCGUCCCUUCUAAGUCACUCUCCAGGCACCUCUAAUCAGAGCCAGCCCUGUUCUCCAAAGCCAGUUCGCCUAGUACAGGACCUCCCAGAGGAGCUGGUACAUGCAGGCUGGGAGAAGUGCUGGAGCCGGAGGGAGAGCCGUCCUUACUACUUCAACCGAUUCACCAACCAGUCCCUGUGGGAGAUGCCCGUGCUGGGCCAGCACGAUGUGCUCUCGGAUCCUUUGGGGCUGAAUGCCACCCCACUGCCCCAAGACUCAAGCUUGGAAACUCCUCCAGUGGAGAACAAGCCCAGGAAGCGGCAGCUCUCGGAAGAGCAGCCAAGUGGCAACGGUGUGAAGAAGCCCAAGAUAGAAAUACCUGUGACACCCACAAGCCAGUCGGUGCCCAGUUCCCCCAGCAUCCCAGGAACCCCAACACUAAAGAUUUGGGGUGCAUCUGCUGAAGAUAAGCAAGCAGCUCUACUCCGACCCACUGAGGUGUACUGGGACCUGGACAUCCAGACCAAUGCUGUCAUCAAGCACAGGGCUCCUUCAGAGGUCCUGCCCCCACACCCCGAGGUCGAGCUGCUCCGCUCGCAGCUCAUCCUGAAGCUCCGCCAGCACUACCGGGAGCUGUGCCAGCAGCGGGAGGGCAUUGAGCCACCCCGAGAGUCUUUCAACCGCUGGAUGCUGGAGCGCAAAGUAGUAGACAAAGGAUCUGACCCCCUGCUGCCAAGCAACUGUGAACCAGUUGUGUCACCGUCCAUGUUCCGUGAAAUUAUGAAUGACAUUCCCAUCAGGUUAUCCCGAAUCAAGUUCCGGGAGGAAGCCAAACGCCUGCUCUUUAAAUAUGCAGAGGCUGCCAGGCGGCUCAUUGAGUCCAGGAGUGCAUCCCCUGACAGCAGAAAAGUGGUCAAGUGGAACGUGGAAGACACCUUCAGCUGGCUUCGGAAGGACCACUCAGCCUCCAAGGAGGACUACAUGGACCGCCUGGAGCACCUGCGGAGGCAGUGUGGGCCCCAUGUCUCUGCUGCAGCCAAGGACUCUGUGGAAGGCAUCUGCAGCAAGAUCUACCACAUCUCCCUGGAGUAUGUUAAACGGAUCCGAGAGAAGCACCUCGCCAUCCUCAAGGAAAACAACAUCCCAGAUGAGGUGGAGGCCUCAGAGUUGGAGCCCCGCCUGGUGUACUGCUACCCAGUUCGUCUGGCUGUGUCGGCACCCCCCAUGCCUAGUGUGGAGAUGCACAUGGAGAACAGUGUGGUCUGCAUCCGGUAUAAGGGAGAGAUGGUCAAGGUCAGCCGCAGCUACUUCAGCAAACUGUGGCUCCUUUAUCGCUAUAGCUGUGUUGAUGACUCAGCCUUUGAGAGGUUCCUGCCUCGAGUCUGGUGUCUUCUCCGUCGAUACCAGAUGAUGUUUGGCGUGGGCCUCUACGAGGGGACUGGCCUGCAGGGGUCACUGCCUGUGCACGUCUUCGAGGCCCUCCACCGACUCUUCGGCGUCAGUUUUGAGUGCUUCGCCUCCCCUCUCAACUGCUACUUCCGCCAGUACUGUUCUGCCUUCCCUGACACAGAUGGCUACUUUGGCUCCCGCGGGCCCUGCCUGGACUUCGCCCCGCUGAGUGGUUCCUUUGAGGCCAACCCUCCGUUCUGCGAGGAGCUCAUGGAUGCUAUGGUCUCUCACUUUGAGAAACUGCUGGAGAGCUCACCAGAGCCCCUGUCCUUCAUUGUGUUCAUCCCCGAGUGGCGGGAGCCCCCCACGCCAGCGCUCACCCGAAUGGAGCAGAGCCGCUUCAAACGCCACCAGCUGGUCUUGCCUGCCUUUGAGCACGAGUACCGCAGUGGCUCCCAGCACAUCUGCAAGAAGGAGGAAAUGCACUACAAGGCCGUCCACAACACGGCCGUGCUCUUCUUGCAGAAUGACCCCGGCUUUGCCAAGUGGGGGCCAACGCCGGAGCGGCUGCAGGAGCUCACCACUGCCUACAAGCAGUCGGGCCGCAGCCACGGCUCCAGCUCUUCCUCCUCCUCCUCCUCAGAGGCCAAGGACCGGGACUCAGGCCGGGAACAGGGCCCUAGUCGAGAACCUCACCCCACUUAACACAUCCUGCGGGGAGGAGGAGCCCUGGGGUGCUGUUCCAGACCUGCUGGGACUCGGUCCUCAGGGCCCUCCCCUGGGGUGGCAGCAGGACUUGGGCUGCCAGGGACAUAGGAAUAUUAUGACUCUGCCAGGGCUCCCCCUCCCUGCUCUCACCCCUCAGAUGCACCAAGUCCCUUGUGAAUAGGCCCAUGCCUUCCCAGCCCCACACCGACCCUGUUGCUGCCUUGUUUCAUUUGUAAAAGGAAAUACAGAAACUCCCCAAGAGUGUGUGAGGGUCUUGGGGCGAUUGCCUCUGUGACCACUCUGUACCCCAUCUAGGUGCCCCUUAUCAAGAACCCUAGGCUUUCACACCCAUCCAUCCUUGGGUCCUUGCAGGUCUGAGUCCCUAGCAGCUUCUGAGCUCAACAGGUUGGAGGAGUCCAGAGCACUACAGCUGAGCCUGCCUGGGUAUCUCUGGGUUCUGCCUAAACCAGACUUGCAGGCUGCUAAAUGUCCUACAGUCAAGGCUCAGGAGGAAGUAGAGCCUCGAAGUAUAGUCCCUGCCCUUUGAGAUCCUGGAGACAGGGAGCCCAUGGGGAAAGCAGGGUUCUCUAGUUCAGUCCUCUCCUGAGUCAGGCUGGUCUGGCCUGUACUGGGACCACUGUAACAAGUGGGCCAGCUGACAAUAGAGCCAGGUAGCCUCCACUUGAGACUUCUGCCUGGUUCCUGGCCCUUACCUGGUUCAGGUUAUUAGCACGUGUACAAAGAGAGCUACAAGAGCUGGACUCUGGUCCCUUUAUUGAGACUGAGGAACCAGUGGGUCCAUCCAAACAAAAAUAAAUUUCUCUCCCAAAGCCUGCCAGCAGGCUAAAGCACCCAG